AAUGAAUAUGCAGAUAUAUGCCUGCCGCGCCCCGCCCUCUACUCUUCCCCCAGCGCAACGGACUCUCCCUUCAAACGGGAAACAAGAUGGCGGCGGCAGGUCCGAGCACUCGGGCUUCUUCCGCGGCGGCCACGGCGGCUCUGAGUCGGCGGGGCCGGCGGGGCCGCUGUGACGAGAUGGCGGCCGCGAAGACCGGGCUUCCGGGCCCUGCCUCUAGCCCCACGUUGUUAGUGUUACCGCCGCCGCCACGGCCGGAGGAGUCGGGCUGCGCCGGGUGCCUGGAGACCCCGGGAGAAGCGGCGGCCCUGCAGUGCGGCCACUCGCGGUGCCGAGAGUUUAUAUUCAGAGCACCAAUCAAAUUAAGCAAGCCUGGAGAACUUCGUGAGGAGUAUGAGUGUCUAAGAAAGCUGAGAGAAGAGAAGUUACAGGAAGAAAAAACUUGUGAAGAUAAGAUCCACAAGGUACUGCAGGAGGAUUCAGAAAUGGGAAAAAGGAAAACGGAUGAACAGAAAACAAGAGAUGAGCCAGUGGUGCUGAAAACAAGUCUGGAGCAGUGUCCUGCACGUCUCUCGGAUUCAGAGAAUGAAGAACCUUCUCGGGGCCAAAUGAUACAGACACAUCGCUCGGCCUUUGUCUCCAAGAACAGCUCCUACUCCUUAGCUUUCCUGGCAGGGAAGCUAAACACCAAGGUGCAGAGGAGUCAGAGCUGCAGUGACACGGUUCAGGACCGAGUGAAGAGCAGGCUCAGAACAGCUCCACCCAACAGAGCCAAGGUCACAACUAUAACUCCAGGGUCCACCCCCAUUAUUGGUGUUCUCUUGUCCACUCAAAACAACCGCUGCCUCUCAGCUCCUGACUUAACCAUAGAAAAGCGCAUGCCCUUCAGCUCCCUUUCAUCCUUGACUUCUUUGCAUAAGCCAGAGCGCUCUAUCAGCCCUGAAAGCAACGACAGCAUCUCUGAAGAACUAAACCACUUCAAGCCCAUCGUCUGCUCACCAUGCACCCCUCCCAAAAGACUCCCUGACGGCCGUGUGCUAAGUCCUCUCAUCAUCAAGUCAACACCUCGUAACCUGAACAGAAGCCUGCAGAAGCAGACUUCCUACGAGGCUAGUCCACGGAUCCUCAAGAAGUGGGAACAGAUCUUCCAGGAACGGCAGAUCAAGAAGACCCUUUCCAAAGCCACUCUCACCUCCCUGGCCCCUGAAGGAUGGGAGGAGUUACCAGGCUCUGAAGCUAUUCAUUCUAGCAAGGAGAGGCCGCCUCUGGCUCUAAGUACAAAACUGUCCAGAGCCCAGGUGCUCUCAGAGUGUGCUGGGCCCACAUCUACUACCCUUGAAUAUUCCCCUUCUGUUAACCAGACAAAAGCAGAACAGGACUGUGUUAGAAAAAGGAGCCAUGAGGUUCCAGUGGAAUCCUGCCAUUCCUCAGAGUACAGAGUUGUAGCCAGUGGGCCUUCUUUGGAAGGGGAGCAGUCUGAAGAGUCAAGGUCCACCCUAGAUGCCACGUUAGACAAAACUUGCACGAGCACAGUCAUGAAGACUUCAGCAGUUAAUUCAGUGCUACUCAAAAAUGAUGUUUUGGGUGGGGUCCUCAAAACAAAGAAACAGCUGAAGACACUCGGUCAUUUUGAUCUGGCUAAUGGCAUUCUGGUUGACAGCCUAGGAGAGGAGUCAAUUCCUUCCUUGCGUAGGGGCCGGAAAAGACGUUGUAAGACCAAGCACUUGGAACAGAAUGGUGUUAAGAAACUGCGACCACCCAGCAGUGACAUCGGCCUGGCCCCCAAAGACCCAGGACUGUUUGAGGUGGGGCGGAAAUGGCAGCAGGAGGAUGCGGGCCCGAUGGCUAUCCAGUCACAGCGCAUAUUUGACAGUGAGAGGCGGACUGUGAGCCGGCGGAAAGGAAACAUGGAUCAGUAUCUCUUACGGUCCAGCAGCCUGGCUGGGGCCAAGUAGCACUUACUGAACAAUGUAAUGUUACGGCUUCUCAGAGGCCUUGGCCUCAGUCAUUUAUCCAAAAGAACUAGCUGAAUGGU